AUGGCCGACAGGUAUCUUGACAUCUUCCAAUUCCUCGUCCCCCAUCUUGACCUGCCCAUUGUAACUUGGUUCUUCUACUUCGCCAGUCAUUCAUUACCAAUGUCUAAGAAGAAGACCAAGAACAAGCCGAGGCCACCCCCCAAUCCGAAUCCACCCAGACACACGCCAUCUCCUGAGCCUGAAGCCUCCGCUAACUCUCCUCCGCCUAGUAUUUCUUCCCUCACCGAUACUCUGCCCAAGGGAGGCCGCAAGGGCAACCGUCCCGAGGAAGAGCUCGGCGAUGUUACCAACAAGGUUGGCGAUGUCCUGCCCAGCACUGGUCUGUCUAUGCCCAACGAGACCACCAAGGGUGGCACUGAGGGCAAAGAAGGAAGUCUGAACAUCAGGAUCCACCUCAACCUCCACGCUAAGGUCCGUCUGGACCUCGAUGCUCAGAUCUAUGGUGAUAUUGUGAUCGGUCUACUUUAA